AUGUCAGCUUCCGCACCUUUGCCCUUAGCCAGCUCCCUACAGAAGACAUAUGGAUCCAAGUUGAGCAGACUUCUCAUCGAUGGUGGAACAACAGUGUUGAGGAUCAUCUUUAAUAGCUAUCACCCACCGGCAAUGCUGUCUGCUGGACUUAACGCCUACUCUUUUACCCUGAAUUCUCUCCGUAGGAAAAAGGUUCUGCGUGCAGCUCAGUGGGACAAACUAUUCCCACCUGACGGAGCAGCACCAGACUCUCAGACUUUUGAUAUCACUCUCUUAUUUCUCCUUCUCACCAACAUUUGCGAACUUUCUCCUCCUCCUUCAGGGUGGCAUUCAAAGCCAUCUCCGGAUGACAACUCUCUUGAAGCAAAUCUUGCCCGUGUGAAGUUCUUCCGCAAUGACGUGCAUGGCCACAUCACCAGCACUAGCUUUGACGAGCCCACUUUCUCCUCACUAUGGGAAGAAAUUAGUGUUGCUCUGGUUGCUCUUGGGUUGGAUCAAAAGGAAAUCGAUAAACUGAAAGAAGAAAAGUGUGGCGCGGAAGAUUAUCUUGACGUUUUGAUGAAAUGGUUUCAAAGUGAAAAAGAAAUCAAAUCUCAUUUGACGAAACUGCGUCGAUCUCAGAGCACAACACAGCGUAGUAUUGGAGAGGUACGUCAAACCCAACUAGAAGAUCACAAAAUGCUUCAAGAUAGCAAGUCAGUGCUAGGAAAAGUGCAUCAGACUCAGACGAAAAUACAAAGCACCAUUCAGGGCGCUGCUAAAAGCCAAGACGAGCGUUUGGAAAGUUUGCAAAAAGAUGUACAGGAAAUGAAGGUAGCCGUUGGAGAACUUAGCAAAGGAAGAAACUCAGGCAGCCAAGGAGAUGAGGUCCUGAGGAACCUCGUUAAGUCUGAAUUCAAAGGAGACAUCGAGCUUUACGUCCAACUUUUUCAAGAAGACACCCCCUCAGUUAAUGCUUCAAUCCUUGGCCUGUCAUAUGUGCCAUGCUCUGCCAGAGUUUAA